AUGGAAAUAAAACUUACAUAUUCAAAACUCGACGCAAAUAAACCAAAUUAUGUGGUUUCAAAACAAAGUGUCAAAGGUAACCAUGAAGAGAGUAAUGCAAGCAAAAGUGAGAAUAGACCAGAUAACAUGAAAGAAAAAAUGGAUAAGUACAACCGGUAUGAGAACAAUGAUGGCAGGAAAACUCAUUUCAGCACAAAUUCAACGAAAUACUAG